UACUUGUUUGACCUAUGUAGUUAAAUGGUGGAUAACUUAUGGAAAUCACACUCCAAACUUACAACGAAUGGCGAUAAGGAUCUUUCAUUAACUAGUAGUUCGUCUGGUUGUAAAAGAAAUUGGAGCACUUUUGAAGGGAUACAUACGAAGAAAAGAAAUAGACUGGAUGUGCAUCGAUUGAACAAUCUUGUCUAUGUCCAAUUUAAUGCAAAACUGAUGAACAAGCAAAAGAGAGAGAAGGAAAGGAAUGUUGAUGUGUUACUUGCUAGUGAUGCCAGCAAUGCACAAGGAUGGAUUGUUGAAGGAGGAGAUGAUGAAGAAAUUGAUCCUGGUACGGGGCUUACUUGGGAAGUGGUUGGUGAAGCAUCUGGAGCAGACGAGAUGCUUCAACCUCGAAGAAAUUCUAGGAUGAGAAAGCUUCAUGAAGAUGAUUUCCAAUCAGAAGAAGAAGAAGAUGAGCAAGAGCUCAAUGAAUUUGAUUUUGAAUCUGAUGAAGAUCAUGUAUUAGAAGAAUAUGGAGAGGAAGAAGUCUAAUUAAAUAGUUAGAUACUUAAAUUCUUCAAGUAUGGUUUAUGUUGCAUUAUUGUUGCUUUUAUCUUAUUGAACCUAGAACUGAUCUACAACAAUUUGUUUUCUCAUGCUUAAUUCUAUAUUUCACUUGUCAUUCCAUUAUUAUUGUAUUUUUGGUUUAUGUUGCAUUAUUAAUGCUUUUUAACUUUGAUUAAAUUGAAAAUAACAUCAAAUUACAUUACAAAAUUUAAAAAACAAAAAAAAAAUAGCAAUUUUUCUAGGCCCCGCCUAGGCGCUAGGCCCCAGCCUAGCGCCCGCCUAGCGCCUAGCGCCUUUUAGAACACUGCCGAAACUGCUCUAGGUGUCUCCGAAAGCACCAUCGAAACCAAUUGACCCAGUCGCUUUCAAAUUUCCAAGCCCAAAGUAUUAACUGUCACUCACCUCCUAGUGCGUCAGAAUCAAAUUUCAAAAUCCAACAGAAAAUUGAUCACGAGAACAUAGCAGAGAGUUGUCGCAAUUAGGGAGUUCACCUAGCUUGUCGAAAAUCACAACCAAGGACCAUGCUCUAGUCAGUUCUCCUAAAGAUCAAAUAGCCAGCGCCGAGGGUUACCAAUUCAACUCUAUGAAACGCCUCUUGAAAGUUCAAUUAAUUUCAUUGCCGCUAGAGAUCGCCUAACAUU